CAUAGCAAUUACCCAAAUGGUUUAUUACCAAAAGCCAAAGCAUGGCAAAUAGGAUAUAAGCUUUUAUACAUACCAAUACGGUACGACAAAAACGUAAAAAGCUUGUAUAAAUUUCCCCGCAACCCCAAUAACUUAAAAUACGUAAAACCACAAAAAAAACAACCAUUUGCAACAAAAACUUUAGCAAUAACAAUUAGCCCAAAUAAAUAA